GAUGUGUCAGAGGGAGUCAGGGCGAGUCUUGACUGCAGGCAUCGUCAUUGCAACCAGGAUGCGCAUCAGUGUGACAAGUAGCCUUCAUCGAUGCACUGAAGAUUUUUCACAAUCAAACGCCUGAGAAUAAAGUAGAAAGCAACAAAGAACAAACUACUAUUAGUCCCUGAGUCUGCUAUUAAAGCUCUUUCCUCUUAAAUCCCACCUGUGACCUGCUGUAAGGCCACCAUGUCUGGGAAGGAGCGCAGCCCCCGCCAUCGGCCUUGGUCUGUCUACCGGGCCAACACCUUUGAUCUGUCUGCUGAGAUGAUGGGGCUUGCUCUCUCAGGCACCAGCCAGGAUCCAGAUGAACCAGUCCUGGAGUUUAGCGUGGCCUGCAGUGAGCUGGUUACGCCCUCUCUGGACCGCAAGCCAACCAGCUUUGUAGCUGUCAGCUGCACCACUCCACCACAGGCCUUCUGGACUAAACACGCCCAAACUGAAAUCAUAGAGGCCACCAGUAACCCCAUCUACCUGAGCAGCAUAGCAUUCUUCCAGGACUCUCUCAUCACUCAGCAGACCCAGAUAAAACUCUCUGUCUAUGAUGUAAAGGACCGAUCACAGGGCACGAUGUACAUGCUUGGUUCAUCCAUGUUUUCUGUAAAGGAGCUGCUGCAGGACAAACACCACAGGCUGCAUUUGACUUUAAGGUCAGCAGAGAAUGAGCGUGUGGGCAACAUCACAGUAAUCGCCUGGCAAAUAGAGGAGAAGCGGGAACAAAGGACACCAGUUGCAAGAUUACAGAGGGGAGACACAGUCAAUGGAAGGAUGGUUCUUCCUGUCGAUGAAAGCUUGACUGGAUCCACAAGUAUUAAGUCAAAAUCUUCGUCUUUAUGUAAGGAUCCAAUAUUAAAAGCAGUUUUUGGAGGAGUCAUGUCACGGACAUAUCGUUUCCCAACGACGGAUGGAAACCACUUGCGUGUGCUGGAGCAGAUGGCUGAAAGUGUCCUCUCCUUGCAUAUUCCUCGUCAGUUCGUCAAACUGCUACUGGAGGAGGACGCUGUCAGGGUGUGUGAGCUGGAGGAGCUGGGUGAGCUCGCUCCAUGCCGGGAGAAUCUCAGGAGGCAGAUCAUCACUCAGUAUCAAACCAUCAUCCUCACAUACCAGGAGACCAUAAGUGACCUGCAUGAAUACAAAGGACCUUCAUUCAAACCCAGUACCUUAAAAGCUGAGAGGAAGUUGGAAUUCAUUCCCACCAACCUUCACAUCCAGAGGAUGAGAGUUCAGGGAGAGACGGGUUAUGAUUGGACUUACGACGUUGUGACCAUAGGGGCUCCUGCAGCACAUCAUCAGGGCUUUAAAGGCUGCGGCCUCAGGAAACUGCUGCACAAGCUAGAAGAAGCGAGGAAGCACACCUAUGAGGAAGAGAGUUCUGCUGGCUUUGGCUUCAAAGGAAUGAGCUACCAACCUCAGGAUGUUGUUAAAGCGAAGGAGCUGAUUGCUCAGAUUAACACUCUUAAGACGCAAGUGUGUUACUACACCGAACGCCUGUCCAGAGCGGCCAAGGAACGCUCGGCCAACGCUAUGGAGAGAACUCUGGCCAUCUUAUCAGAGAAGACCCGUCAGCUGGUGACAGUCUGCGACUCCAAGAUGCUCUCAUCAGCCAUCGUGGCCCUUGCUGCCGCCCGCCCUCAGUUCUCUCAAAGAAGCACCCCAUCUCCAUCUUCCUCUUCCCUCUCACCUUCUUCUCGCUCGCCAUCCCGUUCCCCUUCUCGCCACCCUCCCUCGCCUUCCCGCCCGGCCACCUCUCCAUCGAGGCAUGUAGCUCCUCCAGAGGGCAGCGAAAGGAGCAAAAGCAAGCGUGCCUCAACUCAGUCAGACCAACACGAGGAAGAGUGGGAGAAGGUUUGGUUAAAUGUGGAUAAAAGCCAUGAGUGUGUGGUCCACGCCGUGGACCGAUUGCUGCAGAGAGACAAACUCCAAAGCGACAGUAGCUCUGAGGAUGUCUUUCUACUUGCAGAUGAAGAUCCAAAUAACACUAAGAAAGAAAGCAGUCCAGAGGAAAAAAAGUCUCCUGGCGAAUGGAACGAAGUGCUCUACCCGCUUCUCACCACUCUGACAGAAUGUGUGUCUCUGAUGAGCGACAAAGCAAAGAAAGCCUUGGUCUUUUUGCUGAUGCAGGACAGCGCCCCCACUAUCGCUAUGAGCCUCACUAUGCAGUAUCGCCGAGAUGUUGUUUUCUGCCAGACGCUGACGGCACUGAUCUGCGGCUUUGUUCCCAAGCUGAGGAACUGUCUCUGCGACUCCGGCUUCCUGAGGCAGCUGCACACCAUCGGCUUGUUGGUUCAGUAUGAAAGCCUGCUCAGCACCUACGGGGAGGAGUUGGCCAUGUUGGAGGACAUGAGUGUUGGAGUGAUGGACCUAAGAAAUGUCACCUUUAAGGUUACCCAGGCAACCUCUGGUUUCAGCCCAGACAUGCUGCCGGUGAUCACGGGGAACAGGAAUGGUUUCAACGUUAGGGUUCCCAUGCCGAGCGUGAUGUUCGACACGCUGCCAAGAGAGAUCCAGAAUGGGAUGCUGCUUCGGGUACAGCCAGUUCUGUUCAACGUGGGGAUCAAUGAGCAGCAGACGCUGGCUGAGAAAUUUGGAGACACAUCUCUCCAAGAUGUCAUCAACAUGGAGAGCAUGACUCGCCUCAGUUCAUAUUACGAUCAGUUUAAAGAGGUCCUUCCUGAAGACUGUCUGCCUCGAUCCCGCAGCACCACCACUCUGCCCGACAUCCUCAAGCAGCUGAAUCAGAACGUUAACGCCAAGAAGAGCAAGAACGUAGAAAUCCUGUGGCAGGCAGCAGAGGCAUGUCGUCGCCUGAACGGAGUGCGUUUCACCAGCUGUAAAAGUGCCAAGGACCGCACAGCCAUGUCCCUGACUCUGGAGCAGUGUCAGAUCCUGCAGCAGGAACACGCCAUGGCCCCGCAGGUCUUCUACCAGGCCUUGGAUUGUAUGCGCAGUGAGGGCUGCAGGAGGGAAAACACCAUGAAGAACGUGGGAUGUCGAAAAUAUGCCUUUAACUCUCUACAGCUUAAGGCCUUCCCCAAACAGUAUCGCCCCCCAGAGGGGACAUAUGGGAAGGUUGAGACCUAAUCAGACUGGUAUUUGAUGGAACCAAGAGACUUAAAAUAAAAAAAACUGAAAAAGUACAUUCUAUAUAUAUGUUUAAAGAAAUGUAUUAGGCGAAUUGACACAGCAGCCCCUGGUUUUGUGUUUAGUCUGUGUUAGGAUUAUCAGUGUCCAAGUGCCAGUUCUGCUAGAUAGUUUUAAAGAUGUUUCCUCCCCCCAUUUUUUAGAUUUGCUUGAAUUGAAAUUUACAGCCAAAAUGAGAGCUGAUUGAAAUUUAUUGUGUCACAUCAUGGGUUGUGUGCAUCAUAGCUGCACCACCUGUAGCACUCUGCAGGUUUACAGCCAAGACGUAAUUAUUUUUUUCUAAAAAAUAAUAAUUACACAUGUCUAAUGAGAAACAGAUUGCAUUUCAGGGAAAAAGUGUUAACCUCCUGAUGGAUUUAUUCUGUUUUUGUUUUUUGUUUUUCUCCAAACUUAAACAUUUUUAAUCAUUAAAUAAAUCCUACAUCUAAAAUUAGGCUGCUUCUUGGCUUAAAACUUAUAAAGUGCUGCUUUAAUCAGAACCUGUUGGACAGCAUGAAGUAGGCUAAAAGAUCUCAAAGCAACAGAUUAGAUAGAUAGUGGAUGAGAAAAAAAUCUGAAUCAGUGGGGAACCUUUCAAACAAUGACCAGCCAACCUAUCUUACCCUACAUCUUGAUGAUCGCAAAACUUUUUAGAAAUAGUCUGUGGAUUAAAUAUCCUUUAUGUAAUGUUAGCAUCUUAUUACAUGUGCUGUAAAAACCCAAUACAGGAUUUCUAAAAAAAAACAAAAAAAAAACAUCUAAGCUCCUGUCAAACAUCAUGGAGGUCUAAGGCUACUUUCUUCCUUUAGGACCUGGACGUUUUGCUGUGAAAUCUUCUAGGUGAACAUCUUCCCAUCAGUUUGUGAAUUUCAGACUUUCAGAUUAUCUAAAACUGUAACUUUCAUUUCCAUAUGGCUCAAAAAGAGCUAAAUUACGUUCUUAUAUUAGGCAUAUAUUAGACUCAGAUAAUAUAAGGGCUUUUUUCCCCACUUAGAACGAAAUUGGUUUGAAUUUGAUAAAACAAUAAAAUCCUUAAACCAAAAUCCAAAUAAAAAUCUGUAACAAAUAAAAGGGAUUUUAAAAAAAGUAGAGCAGAUUGAGGUAAAUAUUUUUUCUCUGCUCUGUAUAAGGCACCUGGUUGUUCUGAUGAGCACGUUAUCUCUCUAUGUCAUCAUAAGUUUGUGUAUAUAAUGAUUUACUUUGACCAUGCAUUAACAAACGCCUUAUAUAGCUGAACUGUCACAGAGCUUUGUGAGUGACCUGUUGCACCUUCAUAAGUAAAUGCUUCUGUUGCUGUGCACGUAUGAUUAGUUUGAAACCGAAACUCCAAUCUGCAUAAAGUUAAUAGAGGCCAUUUGUAGCAGUUAUGCUAAGAUUGUUUGCAUCUUUAUAUAAAUUCUAAAAACCUCUUGACAAAUGCUUAUAUCUUAGAAGACUCAUCAUAACUUAACCUCCUCUAUGCAAAUAAUUAUUUCUUACACUGCUUGCUAUAACUGUGAGAACGUUUCAUAUUUAGCUUCCUGCACUACUAGUGUCCCACUUUUAAACAUGUUUUAGUCUCUAAAAGAAACUUCCUGUUGGCUCUAUUGUGGAUUAAGAGUUUUUUUUUUUGUAGCAACCAUUUUAUUUUCAUUGUUUUCCUGAAGGUUUAACCAGCCAAUCACAUAGCAGCCACCAAAUCUAUUUGAAAAUCUAAGCAUUGACCUGUUUCACUAACAGAUGAAAGGAAAGUUGGGUGCAUGGUAAUAUUGUUGGUGUCAGACAGGGUCGGUCUCAGUGCUUCAGAAACUGUUGCUCUACUAGGAUUUUCACAGGCCUCUUUGUAAAACAUAUGGCAUGAUUGAAGCACCAAAUGCAGCCAUAGUGCUGUGUUCAUAUUGAUAACCACAAAGUGUACACAUCUGCUGAUGCUCUCUUCCAGCAGGAUAAUGCACCCUGUCACUAAGUCUAAAUGAUGCCAAUAAACUGUUCCCGUGACAUGACAGUGACUUUAUUUUCUCCCAAAUAUCCUAGACAGUUACUAGAUCUCAAUCUAACAGAACCUGUUUUGGAUGUGGCCUGUUUGGAGGAUUUGUAUGUUUAAAAUCCAGCCGGCAAUUUUCAUGCAUUUAUGAAUCAUAAUCAGUUUUAAAACACUUUGUUCAAUAUAUGCCAUGAAGAACUGAGGCAGCACGGGCUGCAAAAACAUUGUCCUACCCAGUAAUAGUAAGGUGUACCUAAAGAAGCUGCUGAUUAGCAGAGGUGUCAAACGUAUUUAUGUUUGUUACUCAAGUCAAAGCAUAACUUCUACUGUUUAAAAAACACUUUUGUAGAAGUUAGAGCAUCAGCUUAAGAUUUUAAUCAAGUAAAAUUGUAAAAGUACCAUUUUUAAUAUUACUUAAAGUAUAAAAGUAAAAGCAAUGUGGAAAAAAAUUUAAGGACAGAUAAUUUACUGCGAUACCCCAUAAACCUCUUAACAUCCACCUCAUUUUGGGUAAUCCUCGCCUAUUUUGCAUACCCAAAUGGAAAAGCGAAUAACUUUGGAACUGUAAGCCCAAAUUACAUGUGCAAUACAUUAUUUGAAAGCUA